AUGGUCUACUGUGGCAAGCCCUCCAAGGGCUGCUCCAGCUGCCGCGAGCGCAAGAUUCGUUGCGACCAGCGGCUGCCAUCCUGCGGGCAGUGCGACAAGCGCCAGCAAGACUGCCCCGGCUAUCGCAACCUGGUGGACCUCAUGUUCCGCGACGAGAGCAACCAUGUCAUCGAGAGAGCAACCUCCGCCCGCAAGCGGCCCGCCAAGCAGAGGCAUGGCGCUGGGCCUGGCCCGUCGACGGCCCCUCCGUCUCCCGCCCGAUCCUCGUCGGCCACCACCCUGAUCCACCAUCCAAGGCCUUUUCUCGACACCUUGGACGCCUGCUCCGACACUCCUCGCCAGCAAGACUUCCUCGACAGUGACGACAUCCCCUACGCCCUCGUCCCCUCCCUCCGAGAGCGCGGCGUCGCCUUCUUCUUCGCCCGCCAUGUCGCCACCGACCACGGCUGCUACCAAAACUACGACUUCAUCUACGACGUCUGGAAGCCUCCGCCGAUCCUCGACAAGGUUGACUCCACAGACCCCAUCCUCGCCAGCAUGACCGCUGUCGGCCUCACCGGCCUCUCCAAGCUCACCCGCUGCCCCGAGACCAUGCUAUGCGCCCGCCAGAGCUACGGCCGCGCACUCCACCUCGCCAACUGCGCCCUGCGCGACCCGGUCGAGGCCGUCAAGGACAGCACCAUGCUCGCCGUCCUCAUCCUCGGCACCUACGAGUUCGUCUCGGGCCGCACGCCUCAGACCAUUCGCGCCUGGCAGGUCCACGUCAACGGCGCCGCCGAGCUCGCCAGCAUGAGGGGUGCUGCCCAGUUCCGCACCAAGGCCGGCGCCCGCAUGUUCAUCAUGCUCUGCCACACCGUCCUCAUCAGCUGCAUCCGGAGCGGCCUGCCCAUGCCCCAGUCCAUGGUCGACCUUCGCAACCAGCUGUGGUACCUGACCGACACGGGCGGACCCAUAUGGCGCGUCGUCGACACCUUGUACAAUGCGCUCCAGGUCCGCCACGACAUUGCCUCUGGAAAGGUGGUCGGUCUUGACGCCAUUGUCGAAAAGCUGUCCCAAGUCGAGCUUCAGUUUGCCAACCUCGUCGAGAGCCUCCCCAGCGCCUGGAAAUAUCGCCAAGCCAAGCUCGCGAGGCCGCACCCGGCAGUCCUCGGCGACUCGUGUCAUAUCUACCUUGGACUCACGCAGGCCACGACCUGGAACGGCAUGCGCACAAUGAGGAUGCUGGUCCAGGAGACCAUCCUCGACGUCUUGUACCACAGCGUUGACGAUGCCACCAAGUUGCCACUGCAUCUCCAGUUGCAGAUGGUCAAGGCCAUGAAGCUGAUACAGAUGCUGGGCGAGGCCUUUGUGGCCAGCGUCCCCCAGCACUUUGGCAUCGUCAGCUCCAAGGACGUCAAGCGCGACGAAAAGGGACACGGCACCGUGACCCCGCUGCCGACUGGUAAGCUGCCCUACAGGAUCCUGUCGACGCCCUCGGCGCCCAAGCCGCUCCCCCAAGGCCCCUCGGCCACGGACAUGUCCGCUACCGCACGGAGUCCCACGCUUCUCGACCCGACCCAAUCCUGCGGCCACGAAAAGGGUCACGAGCGCUUCCUGACCCUUGCGACCGCCAGCCACACCAUCAUCUGGCCGCUUUACACGCUCGGCAUGUCGUCAUCAUGCACUCCCGACGUCAUGGCCUACGUGCUCGACCGGCUGGAUGCCAUGUACAAGGAGACGGGCUUCGAGCAGGCCCGCGUCGUCUCCAACAUUGUCAAGGGAAAGGUGCACUCCCUGUCAUGGGACAACAUUCCCACCGCGAGCUUGCCGGGGCUGCCGGAAGGUGCCCUGCCCUUCAUGGUCUAG